AUGUCUAAAGAUGAUUCGCCCGUCCGUCAAUUGCCAACAGACGUGACCGGAAGCAUAUACUUCCAUGGCCCAUUCGAAAACUUUAUUCUGGCCUGGAUUGUGGCGCCGACAAAACGGUUCACAACGUUUCCAGCUAAUCUUCUCAUACUCCGAAGUGCCCCAGGAAACCUGAAAGGCAAGCAAGUGUAG